UGUGCCUUCUAUUUUCUUUCAGAUCUUUCCUUGUUUUUUUGGGUUUUAAUUGUAUGAAAUUAAACAAUUUCAGACAAUAAACCCCAAUUGUUUAAUAUAUAGGAAAAGGAUGAUCUCUUGGCUUGAUGUCUACCAUGUUUUUUCAGCAACUGUUCCUCUCUAUGUUGCAAUGAUCCUAGGUUACCUCUCUGCAAAACAUCUAAAUAUCUUCUCUCUCGAACAAUGCGCAGGCAUCAACAAAUUUGUCGCUAAAUUCUCCAUCCCUUUGCUUUCUUUCCAAGUAAUCUCCCAAAACAACCCUUUUAAAAUGAGCCCUAAACUCAUUCUCUCAGACAUUCUCCAGAAAAUCUUAGCCUUUGUUGUAUUAGCCGUGGUUUUAAGAUUCUGGCAUCCAACAGGAGGAAGAGGAGAUAAGUUGGGUUGGAUCAUAACCGGAUUAUCUGUAUCCGUGUUGCCAAACACUCUCAUUCUUGGAAUCCCAAUCUUAAGUGCCAUCGAUGGAGAUGCAGCUGUGAACAUUUUGGUGCAGAUUGUUGUCUUGCAGAGCUUGAUUUGGUACAACAUCUUGCUCUUCUUAUUCGAGAUUAAUGCCGCGAGGAAGAUAACAUCUUCUGGAGCUUCCAUAGAACACAGAGGCAAUGGCAAUGAAGAAGCUGAUAUAGAGCAAGAGCCAAAAGAAGAAGUAGCAAUAGUGAGAACAAGAUCUCCUGGAACUGGGAAGAUUCUAUUGAAGGCUUGGCAAAAGCUUAUAAUCAAUCCUAAUACAUACGCAACGUUGUUUGGAUUAGUUUGGGCUACUUUACAUUUCAGAUUGGGAUGGAAAUUGCCUGAGAUGAUCGGUAAAUCAGUACAUAUGAUAUCUGAUGGAGGCUUAGGAAUGGCCAUGUUCAGCUUAGGUCUUUUCAUGGCAUCACAAAGUAGUAUCAUAGCAUGUGGAACAAAAAUGGCGAUCAUAACAAUGGUCCUCAAGUUUGUAUUAGGGCCAGCUCUUAUGGUUGCUUCUGCAUUUAGCAUCAGGUUACGAAGUACUCUUUUCAGAGUCACAAUUUUACAGGCUGCAUUGCCACAAGGGAUUGUGCCAUUUGUUUUUGCAAAAGAGUAUAAUGUUAAUCCGGAAAUCGCUAGUACGGGGGUGAUAUUUGGAAUGCUGAUUUCCUUACCAAUAACUUUGGCAUAUUAUUUUGUAUUGGACCUAUGAAUACGACAUGUAUAGGUCAUUAAUAUUUAUAGCUUUUUUUUGUUUGUG